CAAUACUAGAAUAAUAGGAACCCGAAAUAAGUAGAACCGGUACGAAUAAGGAACAACCUAAAAACCUCUCAAUUUCUCUCCCCCUUUUUGAAACCCUAAAAAAGCCCCCUUAUUAAUUAAUAAUAAUAAUUAUUAUUAUUAUUAGGGUUUUUGGGCCAAAUUGUUUGUGAGAUGGAUCGUAAAAGAGGAAGACAAGAUGGCGGCUGGAAUGGAGCUCCGAAACGACACCGUGACUCCUCCUCCGAAAUGGACUCCUUUACACCUGGUGUAGGAAGCAAAUCAAAGCCGUGCACGAAGUUUUUCAGCACUUCUGGUUGCCCAUUUGGUGAAGGAUGUCACUUCCUACACUACGUCCCUGGCGGUUACAGUGCUGUGAAACAGUCUUCAAAUGCGGGAGCCCCCCCUGGAAGAAAACCUCCUAUGCAACAACCAUUUAUCGACGGUCCACUCAAAAGUAAGCUCUGUAACAGAAUCAACACCCCUGAAGGAUGCAAAUUUGGCGACCAAUGCCGAUUUGCACACAGUGAAUUGGAGCUCAGUACCAGACCAGCAUUCCCAGUUUUUGAAGAUCCCCGUCAACUCCCAGUCAACUAUGGUACUGGCUAUCAAGGGCGGAUGGAACCAGGCCCACCUGGUCUGGCAGCUGCAUCUAACUUUGGUCAGUCUGCUGCAGCAGCCAACUUUGGACAGUCCGCAACUGCUAAAAUCAGCAUAGAUGCGGCUCUUGCUGGGCCCAUCAUUGGGAAAGGCGGGGUGAAUUCUAAGCAGAUAAGCCGAGUUACUGGGGUGAAAUUAGCCAUAAGAGAUAAUGAGACGGACCCAAGCCAAAAGAAUAUUGAGCUUGAAGGAAGCUUUGAUCAGAUCCAACAGGCAAGUGCCAUGGUGCAUGAACUGAUUGUGAACAUUGGUUCUGGUGGUGGUGGGGGUGGUCCAAAUGGUCCGCCCCCAAGAAAACCUGGUGGUUUUCAGCAGCACGGUGGGCAAGGGCAUGGUGGUUUUGAUGCAAGUAAAGUCAAGACAAAGAUGUGUGAGAACUUUGCUAAGGGGCAGUGUACCUUUGGGGAGAGGUGUCAUUUUGCGCAUGGUCAAAAUGAGCUUCGUAGGUAGGCAGCAUGUUUUGGUGUUGUCGUUUCUUUCAACAUAACUUGGUGUCAUAAAAUAUUGUUGUAGGAAACAGUUUGUGGGCUGUGGGUAAACAGGAAUAUAUUAGGAUUCAUGACAUUCAUUUAAGUUUUGGUAAACUGAUUCUUUUCUUUGUUGCUGCUAUCUAUUAUGCAUUCGAACUUCAGGCUGCUAUCGGAUAUGGAUGUGUUUUUAUAUUCAAUGUGAGAAGUUUACUUAACAUCUCAUAGCUUUUCUUCACA